AACUGUUAGACAUAGAAACACCAGAUUUUUGUCAGUUAAUUUAGUUUUUAAACUAAUUCUGAAAAACAAUAUCAUUCCACCAUGAGGCCACUAGAGGGCGCUUUUGGUCAUUGACUGUAGGAAAGGUCAACCUAACAUUGAUAAAUGUAUUGAUUGACCAUCUCUAUAGACCCAUGCCUGGUGGUGUCACCUCCCUGUAUGAACGAGGCAGACCGAUACAGUCUGGAGGCUCUGAGGAACAUCCACAGAGAGAUGGAUGACGACCAGGAUGGAGGGAUAGAGGUGGAGGAGAGCGUAGAGUUCAUCAUGGAGGACAUGAAGCAGCAGCAGACCAACAAACACAGCCAUCUUCACAGAGAGGACCAACACAUCACCAUAGAGGAACUAUGGAGGGGCUGGAAGUUCUCAGAAGUCCAUAACUGGACUCAGGAUGAGGUGUUGAGGUGGCUCAGGGAGUUUGUAGAGCUGCCUCAAUAUGAGAACAACUUUAAAGACUUCAGAGUCAACGGCAACACCCUCCCCAGGAUAGCAGCCAAUGAGCCGUCGUUCCUGAGUGGCCAGCUGAAGAUCCUGGACCAGAGAGACAAACAGAAACUCAACAUCAAGGCUCUGGACGUGGUGCUGUUUGGUGCUCCUAUACGCCCACCCCAUAACUACAUGAAGGACCUGUUGCUGCUAGUGUCUGUGAUGAUGGGUGUAGGAGGCUGCUGGUUCUCCCAGGUCCAGAACAAAGCUUCUAAAGUCCACAUCUCCAAGAUGAUGAAGGACCUGGAGAGUCUGCAGAGUGCUGAGCUCAGCCUCAGAGAACUACAGGAACAGCUGGAGCAGGCCCAGGAGGAGAAGCGUAACGUGGCGGAGGAGAAACAGAACCUGGAGGAGAAGAUGAGGGAUGAGAUCAUGGGAGCCCAGGAGGAGGCGCACAGACUCCAUCGGCUCAGAGCUGGAGCCGUCAGUCAACUGAGCAGACUGAGAUACGCAGAGGAGGAGCUGGAGCAGGUUCGGGGAGCAUUAAAGAAGGCAGAGAAGGACAUGAUGGCUUACUGGUCUGUCCCGGAGGCCCUACAGCUCUGGCUACAGCUGACCCACGAGGUGGAGGUCCAGUACUACAACAUCAAGAAACACAGCGCUGAGCUGCAGCUGAACACGGCCAAGGAAGAGGCAGAGAAGAUCAAGAAGAAGAGGAGUUCCCUCAUGGGGACGUUCCACGUGGCUCACAGCUCCUCACUGGACGAUGUUGACACCAAGAUCCUGGAGGCCAAGAACGCCCUAUCAGAAGUCACGGCCUGCCUACGGGAGCGUCUCCACCGCUGGCAACAGAUAGAGCGCCUGUGUGGUUUCCCUCUCCUCAGGAACUCUGGCCUGGCCAGCCUGACAGCCACGCUGUAUUCAGACUCUAACUGGGUGGCGAUGCCCAGGGUGUCUGUACCCACCUUCCCUUCCUAUCAUGAAACAAUACAAGGCUCUCUGGAGGAUCUGAUGGAAGACUCCUCAGCACCCAUCUUAGUUCCACCAAUGAAGCGCUCCCCUCGCUCUCGUGGCUCUACCUCCACCGUGUGUCGUCAACGGCGUUCUGGACACGCCUCCUCUUCCUCCUCCUUCUCCGACCCUGAUAUCCUGAUCCCUAUCCACACCACGCUCCCUUGCUUCGAGGAAGAGGAGCAGAUCUUCAUCAACGCCCAGCGGAGAGGAGAUUCUCAGGUAAUUUAUUCUGACAGGACCCCUCCUGUCAGCAGAAGGUCAUCAGAAACAGAAUCCCCCAUUUGUAACAUAUCUAGAGAAGAACUGGAGGCUUCCUUGGAUGAAGCCACAUUGAAGACAUCAUCUAAAGACGAGCCAGACUUUUCUUCUGUGGACAACACUGCUCCAAGGAAAAUGCAAAGAGGCAAAAGUGAGACUUCCAUGGACCCCCCCGCCAACGCAGCAGCCCAAAAGGUCUUGGGUCGUUCGAUGGACAACGUCUCAAGGAGGUCAUCCAGAGAUGAGUGUCACGAGUUUCCGUUGGAGACUCACUUCUCAAAGAAGAGGUCUCUUAUAUCUACAGAUGUGAUCGGUGUGUCUCUGGACACCGGCUCCAGACAGAUGAUGAGAGAGAGCAGGGGGGAAGUCUCAUUCAACAACUCCAUGAGAGGAAGACCCAGAGAAGAAAUGGUGACGGCCAUUGGAACUCCAACGAGAAGGAUAUCCCGAGAGGAGGUGGACUUAGCCGACAGCGCUCAGAGGAGGAUGGCGAUGUCCAGAGACAAACUGACCCUUCAUCUGGACAGCAACUCUUCUCACAAGAUGCUCAGGAAGAAGAUAGAGUUCCCAGUGGAACCACCAUCCGCCGCCACGAGGAAGAUAUCGAUAGACGAACACCAUGAGAUGUGCUCUCACACUCGCAGACGAACAAACAGCGAUAAGAUUGACAGAUCCAUAGAUACUCCCACUGGGAAGAUCUACCCGGACAGGGCCCCGGAAAUCCCCAAACGGAGGAUAUCCAGGGAGGAGUAUGCAGAGUCGUCCCAAGUGGGUCACGGUCCCCAGGUUUUGGAUUGGGGUCAUUUCGGACAACCUGACCUCACCUUGUCCACGCCAUGGAAACAAACCCAGACCCCUGACCCUUAUACCUCCGACCACCUGACCGAACUGGUGUAUGACGGAAUUCUGGAGAAGUCCUGUAUCACCCCAGCAACGACCCCAGCAACAACCCCUGACCUGCCCCAGAGGAUCACGGAAGGAGGAGAGCGAGAAGGGAAUCCUCCUGUUCCGCCUCCGAGGAGUGGCCGGUCCCUAAACACGUUGCCCCCGGAGAUGAGAGGCGAGAGGCACCAAAAGGACAAAGACAAAAGCGCGAAGUCGUCCAAACUCAAGAACCUUUUUAAGAAGAGGAAAGAUCAUACCCCAGAACGGCCACAAGGGGGCCUGAACAAUCUCUGACCGUUAACUGGAAUUUAAACACUUUUUUAUGCAAAUUUUUUAACCAGGAAGUCUCUUGAGGUUAUGAAACUCUUGUUUGUUUUUUUAAAGAGAGAGAUCUGGAAAGACGUCAGCCAGGAAAAGCUGAGAGGAAACAUGAACAUUAGUCCUAUAGAUUUGAUUUUCUAAAAACCGACACGGACUGUUUGGCUGGGAUUACAUGUUUGGGAUUACAGGAUAAUGUAAUCUGGGAUUACAUGUUUGACUGGGAUUACAUGUUUGUAAUGGCUGGGAUUGACUGGGAUUACAUGUUUGUAAUGGCUGGGAUUGGCUGGGAUUACAUGUUUGAAAGAUAAAAACAUGAGCAAUAGGAUUGAUAUAUUUUUUCAAAGCCAACAAAGUGUAAUUUUUGAAACCCAGAAAAAAAUACUGUUCUGGCCGAUAAAAUGCAGAUUGCCAGACAACAUGUUAUUUUGGCAAUGGCUAGUCAAUGGGGCAGGUACCAAACUCUUGAGUUGACAUAGCAGUCUCUAAGACUGAUUAAACUCAUCCUAGACUGAAUACUCUGAAAACAGGAAGACAGUUGUUGCUAUAGUUUCGGUACUAUUUUGGUACUACAAAGCAGAAUCAGUUAACCAUCUAACUUUGAUAAAUAACCAGAAAUAACUAUUGAUUUUCUGGUUCAUUAAGAAAAGGUAAAGUUAGAUAUGUGUGUCUUUGGUUGUCUUUGGUUGUUAAAUGUAUAAAAAGCUAUUUUCAUAACGUUUAGGUAAGUUAGCUGGCUAACUCAUUGAUCAUGCUUUUGUAGUAUACCCCUCUGGCUGGAUGUCCUCAGAGGGACAAAGAGGAUGAAAGGGUGUAAGAUAACCUACGGUGCCCAAAUGUUGUCUCUGCAAGGAAGUCUUAAUAAGUAGACCAAUGAUGGGUGUCCCGUUUCAGCUUCAUUUCGAAGCAGUGUGAUCCCAUACUGUGUUUGAUCGCCUCCUAUGUUCAGAGUUGGGUGUUUAGAGCUGAGCUAUUUAUUUCUUGACUAGGGAGCAUUUCUUCAGAGCUCUUCUCCUGUACGAUAGAAGCAACUGUAGUUUAUUUGGAUUGGG